AUGAAGGACCAAACUCUCCCAUCCUCCUCCUAACAUGACGCCUAAUUAUUCACCCUCCAGCAGGCACGCGCUCAGAGGUCUCACCUCACACACGCAGCUGCAUUCAGUCCGCGCGCACACCUGUGUGAAUGUUGCUGUAUUGAUAAGGCAGCGUUAUAAGUGUGAAAGGGAAGGUGAGAGGUGUUCGGUUCCUAAUCCUCUUAGCAGCAUUAUGCUGAGCCUCGUUCAAACCCUGACAUGCGAUGCGCUCCUGUAGCUCCUGUAGCUCCCCAAAGCCCGGACUCAGCAUCUCUGCGUCCCUUACGCACAGCUGGAGGGACGGUCCGCGGCGGCGAGGGGGCGAGCAGCCGACGGUACAGUCCUUCCACAGGUUGAAGCCGCCGCCACCUCCUGUAGAAGAUGAGACACACUGUGUGUAUGUGUGUAUGUCUCACCAUCUACGGCGUCCUCCUGCCACACCAAACUGCUGGAAGCUUUAAGGAAUAGCGAUGCAUCCGACAUAACGCUCUGUUGGGAGUCGAGACCACGAGGGCAAUGAAUGCACACCCGCCUCUGAGGAGGAGACUCAGGCGGGGUCGCCUCCUCUUCUUCAUCUCAGGUGUGCUGCUGUGUCUUGUCUACACUCUGACUCUGAAGGCCGGGCCGCAGGAGCUGCCAGGCGCCAUCCAGACAGGUGAUGAUGUCAUGGAGGUCAACAUCAGGAAGGUUAGGGCGUCCAAUGAGACGGAGGAGGACGAGGUGGUGUCACCUGAGAGCUCCGAACCUCCUCAGGUGUUAGUCGUGAAUAGAACGGAUAUUGAACAGUGUAUCUACGUAGAUCCUCAACCACCCCAGCCUCCUCCACCUCCAACCACACCUCCUCCUCCUCCUCCUCCCCCUCCACUCCAGCCCCCUCACAGGAAGGGGGACUUUCCUGAGGACCUCUUCACGGUGGAGCAGCGUAAGCAAGGAUGGGUGGUGCUUCACAUCGUAGGUCUGGUCUACAUGUUUGCAGCUCUGGCCAUCGUCUGCGAUGAGUUCUUCGUCCCCGCUCUGGAGGUCAUCACCAGCAAGUUGGAGAUCUCUGAUGACGUAGCCGGGGCAACCUUCAUGGCAGCCGGAGGAUCUGCCCCUGAGCUCUUCACCUCCCUGAUCGGAGUCUUCAUCUCCCGCAGCAACGUGGGCAUCGGCACCAUCGUGGGCUCGGCCGUCUUUAACAUCCUGUUCGUGAUCGGGAUGUGUGCAAUCUUCUCCAGAGAGAUGCUGCACCUGACGUGGUGGCCGCUCUUCAGAGACGUCACCUUCUACAUCCUGGACCUCAUCAUGCUCAUCGUCUUCUUCCUGGACAACAAGAUCCUGUGGUGGGAGAGCAUGCUGCUGGUGUGCGGCUACAUCAGCUACGUCAGCUUCAUGAAGUUCAACAGUCAGAUCGAGAGGGCGGUGAAGACACAGAUCAACAAACACGUCAGCAUCGUCAAAGUGUGGACAGCAGAGGAGCCUGAGAAGGAGAGUGAAGCUCCAUCAGCUCCUCCUCUUUCUCCUCCUGCUGCUGCUACUCCCUCUGCUGCACCAAAAUCUGAGGAUGGAUCCAAACGAGAGCCUGAACCACUGGUCACCCCACAACACAGCAGAUAUCCAGGGGAGGACAAAACAAGACUCAGGGUUCGUCCUGUCCUGCAGAGAGGCGGCAGCACAGCCUCCCUCCACAACACCUCCCUGAGGAGCACCAUCUUCCAGCUGAUGAUCCACACACUCGACCCUCUGGGGGAAGAGUCAGCCCUCAGAGGGGCCCAGAAAACCCCCGGCCCGAGGAAAGCCAGGACAGAGACAUCUUUUAAUGGUGAUGUCAGAGGGGAGGGGUCAGUACAGAGGAAAGCAAAGAAUAAAGUCAAACCUCUGAACGUCCCGCUCUCCGGGAAAUUACAGAGCAAGUCUCAUCACCGCCGCUCUGAAGAUGAUCCAAAGACACACGCUGAGCUGUCUGACGCAGCAGGGGGCGCUGCAGUGGAGCCUUCCACCUCACAGAUCCAAAAGACUGAAGAGACACGAGAGAGGACAGCUGGGGAGGCAAACGGGUCAAAGACGGCUGCUGGGGGGUCAGAGGGCUCAGGGGGAGGGGCUGAGGAUGACAGCGGUGCUGAGGAGAGGAGUGACACCAGCGGGAGUGAAGAUGAUGAUGAAGACAAGGAGGAAGAAGAGAAGGAGGAAGAGGAGGAGAAUGAACCGUUGUCUUUAGCGUGGCCUGAAACCAGAAGGAAGCAGGCGACGUAUCUGAUCCUGCUGCCCAUCGUGUUCCCGCUGUGGCUCACACUGCCCGAUGUCCGAAACCCGACGUCCAAGAGAUAUUUCAUCAUGACUUUUAUCGGCUCCAUCCUGUGGAUCGGAGUUUUCUCCUACCUGACGGUGUGGUGGGCUCAUCAGGUGGGUGAGACUGUGGGCAUCUCAGAGGAAAUCAUGGGCCUGACCAUUCUGGCAGCCGGGACGUCGAUCCCCGACCUGAUCACCAGUGUGAUCGUUGCUCGGAAAGGAUUAGGAGACAUGGCCGUGUCCAGCUCUGUGGGCAGUAACAUCUUCGACAUCACUGUAGGUCUGCCGGUCCCGUGGCUCCUGUACACUCUGCUACACAAAGGCGACCCGGUCACCGUCAGCUCCAACGGCCUGUUCUGCGCCAUCGUGCUGCUCUUCCUCAUGCUGCUCUUCGUCAUCAUCUCCAUCGCCGCCUGUCGAUGGAAAAUGAGCCGGAUGUUGGGACUCACCAUGUUCGUACUGUACUUUGUGUUCCUGGUCCUCAGCGUCAUGCUGGAGGACCGCAUCCUCACCUGCCCCGUCUCCAUCUGAGAAGAUGGGAUGAGGCUGACGGUGAACACUAACGCUGUAAAUGACUCCGGACAGGAUCAGUGAUCUCUGUGGAAGAAUAAAGUCUAAAGACAAGAGGCUGACCUGACUCACUGCAGAGACAUGAGACUAAACAAGCCGUCCAGUCUCAUGUUUGCUCCACCCUUCAUGAAGCUUUCUCGUAACAAGUCUCUGAUCCUCAACCUUUUCCAGCUGCUUAUUUGUGAUACCCUUGAUGUAGUCCACAUUUUUUAACUGAGUCCAAAUUACUCCAUCUUCAUCAUACGCUGUUCUGCUCUUAACCCCCACUCCUGUUUAAUUUGAGUUCCUGAAUUUAAGGUAUGAACUCUUCAGGAGGCGGUUGCUACAUCCACGGUUUAGCGGUGGCAUAAGCAAGAAAGGGCUGAAAGUCUGUAACCAAUGGUGGCAGGAAAAGAGAUCAACAUGGAUGCAGCUUUAGCAGGGGUUUUAUCAGAACUGGACAUUUCUGCUUGUCGAGUUCUCGUUAUGCAGUUCACUUCUCGGCGGCACUGACCUACUAUGUGACCCAUGUUCCAUCUGUUCAUAUGGAGGAGGCGGCGAGGGUGCUCCAAAUGUUUUGGCUUCAGCUUUUUCUACAGUCUAUGAUUCCAAGAAGUGUAUAUGUUGUUAUUCUUGAAGAAAAGACAGCGUGGGCCUCUUCUCUUAGUUUUUUUUAUGUACUGGCAGAGGAUUUGUUUCAUGUCCCCUGUAAGAAUUAACUCCUUUAGACCUUUUCUACAAACAUUUUGGUCCAAAAUCACCUCUAGAAAAGAACCCCGACUCUUAUUUCGGAUUUACCAACAACUGCUGAUAGCUGUUUUUGAAAGCUGAUAUAGUUUGACUUUGAACUGCUGAAACUAUCUUUAACUGAGUGGUUAUAAACAACAAAAUUAUGACAGUAAUAAAACCAGAAAACACAAUACAUCACUACUAACUCCUUUGGCAACACGUCCAAGUAACUCGUUAGAGUUUUCCUUUAACUGUUAAGCUGCUCAUAAAGCCUGGGCUGACUUUGUUGGAGAACUUAAUUUAUUUCGUCCAUCCUCUCCUGAAAGUUCAGACUCAGAGCUGAAAUCUAAAACAGGAUGCAUUUUCCUGCACCAAACAUUCUUCAGACUUUGUUUUAUGUUAAACCAAACUAGUGUUUGUUCAUGUUUUGUGUAUAGAAGGAUGUUGUGUGGAAAAAACAACAAAUUGUCAACAUUAUAACGGUGUUUGAGAGACGGGGGCGCCGCCAGGAUUUUUGUGUCCUGUGAAAAAAAAAAUCACCUCUUUACUACUGCAGAGGUCCCCUGUCAGUCACAUGUGGUGCCCUGUAUGUGUGUGUGUCAGACUGUGUUAGCUGUAAGGUGAUCCUCACAGGUGUCAGUGUUACGGUCUUGUUAAAUACUCUUGUUGGAUUGAAGUGGAUGCAAACGUGUAUUCUAUUGAUAUUUCAAAUUCAAAGUCCAUGCUGCAAUAAAUUAUUUUUUUAAG